AGUCGCUUGACUCUCGCGGAAUCGACUGUCUCCUCUUUUUCAGUCUCGGGGCUUCUCAAAAAAGAGCCACACGUCUAAAUGUCCGACGGGCUAUGACAACGUCACUGCUUCUCCGCCCGCGCUGGAUUGACCCGGUCAUGUUUCUCUAUGAUAACGGUGUUGGCUUGGACGACACCGGCAAGAAUAUGGAAGGGUUCACGGGAGGUAACUUCUCGCCGAGUCCGUGCAGGAAUUUGAUGGCUCACCCUGCCUCUCUUGCGCCCAGCGCUGCUUAUCCGUCAAGCGAAGUGGCUGCCGCUGGAGCGGGUGAGCCUGGUAAGCAAUGCAGCCCCUGCUCAGCCGUCCAGGGUUCAGCCAGCGCUUCAAUUACAUACGGAUAUUUCGGUGGCGGUGGAUACUAUCCUUGCCGAAUGUCCCACCACCACGGGGGCGGUGGAGGUGUGAAGACAUGUGCCCAAUCCCCCGUCUCUUCCUCACCUUACGGGGAAAAAUACAUGGACACGUCCGCUUCUACAGGCGAAGAUUAUACCACUUCGCGCGCCAAGGAGUUUGCCUUCUACUCGAGCUACGCCUCGAGCCCAUAUCAGCCAGUUCCGAGUUAUCUGGAUGUGCCUGUAGUCCAGGCAGUGAGCGGGCCUGCAGAGCCCCGGCAUGAGCCCUUAUUACCAAUGGAGAGCUACCAACCGUGGGCUAUCACAGCCACUGGCUGGAACGGGCAGGUCUAUUGCACCAAAGAGCAGCCACAGACGGGAAACGUGUGGAAGUCGUCUAUACCAGAGGCAGUGUCUCAUGGAGGGACAGACGGCAGCUCCUUCCGCCGCGGUAGGAAGAAACGUGUUCCAUACACCAAGGUGCAGCUUAAGGAGCUUGAACGGGAGUAUGCCGCCAACAAGUUUAUUACCAAGGACAAACGCAGGCGGAUAUCCGCUCAGACCAACCUGUCUGAACGACAGGUCACUAUCUGGUUCCAGAACCGAAGGGUGAAAGAGAAAAAAGUCGUCAACAAAUUAAAAAGCAGCAGUUAGCUUUGUUCUGUGUAAAUGUAAGCGAACAAUUUUAAACAGUGAUGGCCCACACACACUCAAAGCUAUAAAAUUGUAGACGUUUUAACGAAUAUUUGUUUUCCUUGGACUACUGCUUUGAAGUGACCACUUUGGAUCCGACAGGGAUGAUAGUGACGCGGUGCGUCAUUUUUGCGCUGCAAACGGUGUAUGGCCAUAUUCCCAACUCAGGACAAAGAGGGCCAAAAGAUAAGUUUGUUUGUUGAGAUUAUUUACUGCUCACCAAAAUAUCUAAUGAAGAGAAAUACAUUGGAUAUUUAAAUUGUGAUAUUGUAACUCUUUACAGUGUGGUACGAGUUUUCUUUCAUCGCCCCAGUGUCGAUUAUAAUCGAAAUUAUACUUUGCUUGAAAUCUCAAGUUCAUGAAAUUUCGUAUCAUGCUGGAGAAUAUGAGGUAUGGAGCCUGUAGUUUAUCAGGGUCAUGUACAAUCUGUGGUCAUAUUUGUGCCAAAAUAAUAUAGGCUACACUAUAAACUUACUGUGUGUGUUAAAGAGUACCUUAUGUGUGUUUUGUCGUUGUAUAGUGUUGCGAAAAAUCCGUCCUAAUAAACCAUUCUUAAGAAAAAUA